AUGCGGGCCGUCUACAGUCGGAAGAAUCGAACAACAAUGUAUUACGCCUUGAGCAUCAUCCUCGGUACAGUUGCAUUCUCGUACGGCUCAGUUCCCUUCUACAAGAUGAUAUGUCAGACAACGGGCUGGGGUGGACAGCCAGUACGAGCGGCUGGACAUGGCGGCGCCGACGGAGGAGACAUUGCCAGCCGCCUCCAACCUGUCACCGACGCGAAGCGCAUCCGAGUCACCUUUAACGCCUCCGUAUCCGACGUCUUGCCCUGGAAGUUUGUUCCGCAACAACGCGAGGUACGAGUUCUGCCCGGCGAGACGGCGCUGGCAUUCUACACAGCUACGAAUAAAAGUGAUUCGGACAUCAUCGGGGUGGCGACAUACAGCGUGACACCGGCACAAGUGGCUCCGUACUUCAGCAAGAUCCAGUGCUUCUGCUUCGAGGAGCAGCGCCUGAACGCGGGGGAGACCGUGGACAUGCCGGUCUUCUUCUACCUAGACCCGGACUUGCUGAACGAUCUCAACAUGAAAGGCGUCGAAACCGUGACGCUCUCCUACACCUUCUUCAGUGAGUAG